AAUUGUAAAUACCAAGCGGCACGUGUUCUGUUUAUAUAUUGGUGUUAGCAUUAGUUUGAUAAUACAAAACUCGUAAGAAUAAGUUUUCGGUUUAAUAUGAGCAACAUAACGAUACGUUUACCAUCUACACGACGCACGCAAAACCAAUAUGAGACUGGCACCUCAUAUUUAGUAACGCCAGGAGAUGUAAUAACCGAAGACACGGAUUACAUGCGGGGACACGGCACCUACUGCACUGGAGAUGCAGAUGAUAAAUUAUAUUCAUCUGUGGCUGGGGUUGUUGAACGAAUAAAUAAAUUAAUCUGCGUUCGUGCUUUGAAGUCACGAUACACUGGUGAAGUGGGGGAUAUUGUGGUGGGGAGGGUUAAAGAGGUCCAACAGAAGAGGUGGAAGAUUGAGACGAACUCUCGUUUGGAUUCAAUCCUUCAACUUUCCUCGGUAAACUUACCGGGGGGUGAGCUACGUAGAAGGUCGGCUACUGAUGAACUAAACAUGAGAAGUUAUUUAAACGAAGGGGAUCUUAUAAGUGCUGAAGUCCCACAAGUUAAUGUUGACGGCAUUCUUUCUCUCCAUACACGAAGUUUACGAUACGGCAAACUAAGCCAAGGUUGUUUGGUCAUAGUUUCCCCUUCUCUCAUCAAACGAAGGAAGAAUCACAUCCAUAAUUUAUCAUGUGGUGCCUCCAUUAUCCUUGCAAACAACGGGUAUAUUUGGAUAUAUACUACACAACAUAGCAGUCAAACGGAAGAAGGUGACGGAGGAUUUAUCAUCAGCAACGAAUCAAUUCCAAUCGAAGAUCGAGAAAUAAUUUGUCGAUUACGAAACUGCAUCAAAUGUUUGGCAAAAAGAUCGGUUGUUCUGUACGACACGAGCAUCUUGUACGCCUAUGAGGCGUCCAUGUCGUACAAGGUGAAACAACUUCUUGAUGACGAGGUUUGCGAUGAAAUUGUAAACAAAACCAUAUAUUUACUUCAGCAAGCCAACGUGGGGAAUAGUGAAUAUUAGUUGUUGUUGUUUCUGUGGAUUGAACAUUCAAACAAACCCAACAAAAUGUUAUGUUGUUAAUUGUGUGAGCUUGUUAAUAAAUGAACUCUGCCCAAACUCCCAGGUCUAAUGAGAAGUUACUUCAAGCCUAGGGGGUUCUGGGUUCGAGGCUCAUCACUGCU